CCAGCAAGUUCAGACAUCUCAGCAUCAGAGGACAGACAUGGAGAUCAAGUAUCAGCUGCUGAUCAGUCUACUGCUUGUGCUUGGGACUUCACAAGCAACUGAACAAGGACCUGAUGGCCCAGAUGUGUACCAGAAACCAAAAUUCUGUGGCAAGUUAGAUUGCCCCAUAUACCAACUGGUGAAACAAUAUGAUAAAUUUGAACAUCGUGCCUAUGAAGCCACUCGAUGGGUAAAAACUUCACUUGAAAGUGAUUUCUUCGGCCUGGGGAUGGUGAAAAGCUUCAGGCGCUUGUUCAAGUACAUUACUGGGUCAAAUGCUGAAGAGAUGAAGAUUAACAUGACUGUGCCUGUGGUGAUAUAUGUGCCACUGAACCAGCCCCCAGCUGGUAAUUCCACAAUGUCUUUCUUUGUGCCACAUGAAGUACAGAAUCCUCCACAACCAACAGACCCGAAUGUUUAUCUGAGAAACUCGCCUGCAAAGUCCAUCUAUGUUAGGAGUUUUGGAAACUAUGCCUUGGACUCUACUUAUGCCAAGGAAGCCAAAGUCUUGGCAGAAGAGCUGCGAGCCCUUGGCUUGGAGUUUGAGGACUCUUUCUAUCUUCGUGUCGGCUAUAAUGAUCCUUUUACACUCUUUGACCGUCACAAUGAAGUGUGGUUCGUGGCAAAGUAAACAUGAUUGCAGCCCUUAAAGCAUAUUCAUCUGAAAUCCAGUUUUUUUGAGACUGUUCUUUUCUGACUUGUAGCUUAUUUUUUUAUUUUUUGUACAUUUAUUAAACAUCAGUUUGUUAUAGAA